CAGAGAGUCGAAUCAGGCCCCGGGUAUGAUUCAGAUCCUCUCUCACAAGAGAAACGUGGGGUGAACCCGCCUUUUGAGACAUACCUAACCAGAGCGGUCCCGUGACAAACAAACAACGCCAGGGUUCACGGGAGAAGCAUCAUGUAUAGCAUUCGGUGACCGACUACUUCAGUACAUCAACAAAAGACCAACUCCCUCCAGUGCUACGCUGUCUUACUAUCUUCCGACAAAAAACCGCAAAGCAGUUCCUGGAUGACAACGAAUACACGCUCCCAGACCGAGCCCAAGCCAAGCUGCUAAUCAACGUUGCAUGGCGUUUCAUCGGUAACAAUGAUCAUAUAUUUCUCAAAGCUUCGUUCAUGCGCGAGAUCCAGACCAUUGAGAAGAAGGCAGUAAGACCAACCGUCCUUUGGCUAUGCAAAGAGUUUGUCUUCUCGCCGUGGAUGAGCUCUAUACAAACCGCAGGAAGUUCAACCACACCCCUGAUAAUCCCGGGAACAAACUCCUAUCCCCAGGCCCUGAACAUGCUUCACGACACAUAUGAGGAAGCAAGUUUACUACCGCUCUCUUAGCAGAUAGCUGUGUGAACGCUGCGAUGACACCCUGCAGAAUCAUGCGGGGCCUAUUCAUCGAGGGAUUCAUCGCCACAGUUGGCUACUGGGAAGCACAGCACAUUUUCUCCUCUUCCUUGAUCUUUGUCAUCUCCGCUCUUUUGAAUCCGAGUGUGCUUAUUUCUGAUCUAUUCUAAACUUCAGUCAAUAUACUUGGGAUUAUGAGGGACCAUGGAAAUAUUCCCGCAGUGGAGUACAGCGAGCGACUCUCUAGAUACAAGCGGGUAUAACUAUGUCUCUGUUCUUCUCCAUAUUUUGGUAGGAAAUAGAUGUGGCAACUGCUGUGCAUCCGGAUGCCAGAU